AUGGAGGAGUGUCGAGAGCAGUCCAUGGGUGCAGACGAUACGCGCGGGGAGUUCUUUUCACAAGAAGUGGCAGAAGAAGUUUGCCAAGCUUCAGCUGACUCUGUCAUGGAAGCCGUUGAGGGCACGGAUGAUCCCAAGUCUUUGUCACUAUCAACUGCUGCAACUACCCUUGGGCGUUUGGGUGCCUGGGUGCAUCGUGCAAGGGAAGCUGCCCGACUCAGGAUGGCGAAGGAGGAGUUCGAGCUGACCCAGGUGAGACUGAUCACGGAGGAUCAGCUGCCACCAGCUGAAGAUCGAGUCUACCCACGUCCAAAUCUCAUCAA